GGUCAGUCUUUAGAAUUCCCGCGCGUGGGUGUGUGCUGAAUGAGUGAUCUUUAGUAGCAUAGCCAGCUAAUGCGCAUUCAAAAUUGAGCAGAGUCUGCUCGUCUUUCCGUCUAUGCGUUGCAUCAGUUAGUAGUGAAAGUGCACAAGUCUCGGAUUCGUAUUCGCGUUUGAAAAAACCCCGCGAUUGACUCAAGGACGUCGAUCGAAUGGAUCUGGAUAAGCGAAUCGAAAGCGGCACUGCUGGGAGAUGGGUAGGAGUGGGUGAAGGGGAAGUGAAGGAUAGGGACGAAAACGUGGAGGUUUUACCUGUGAGAGUGUCAUCGAUCAAAACUGAGGAGGAGGAGGACAGGGAGGAUGAGGAGAACGUUGCGGUGGAUGAGGAGCAGCAGCAGCAGCAGCUGGCGAAGUCGGAACAAGCUGUUGACCAAGAGAGAGAUAUGCGACCUACAGGGGCUGUUGUUGACACAAGCGUUUUCGCCGUCCAACCGACCGUUCAGGCAUCAGAACCGACCGUUCAGCCGUCAGAUUUAACCAUUCAGCCGUCGGAGUUGACUGUUCAGGCGUCAGAAUCGACCGUCCCGCCGUCAGACUUGGCCGUUCAAGCGUCCGAAAUGACCACUCAAGCGCCACAACCCAGGAAAGCGCCACAACCCAGAAAAUCCCCUCAACCGGUUCAGGCACCGAGGGUGCGGCAGCAGCUGAGAGCAGUGGCGAGGGAAUUAAGCGCGCUGGGAGACACACUCAUGGCGCUGAAGGGCGGUCAGAGUGGAGGUGCGGAGAAGGGUAAAUGCGUGAGCGGGAGAGGGUCUGGCAGAGGGCCCGGAGGAGGUGGAGCGAAGGGAAAGAGUCUCACGCCAACUGGAUUCGGAGCUUCUGACAGCAUCGGACGGUUAGGACGGGAUGACAGCAUCGGAGGGAGGAAGGUUGAGAAGGAGGAUGAGGAGAAGGGCGUUGAUAUUGCUGCGAUUGUGGAAGGAGAGCGCGACCGCAUUGCACUUGGUGGUGGCGGGGAUGUUACUGAUGGUGAGAAACAGCCGGGUGGGACGAGCCAUGCUAGAGGUGGUGUGAGAGGCAGUCAGGCAGAUGGCACUGCUAGUAGUAGCCAAGACAGGGGUAGCAGCCAGGCAGACAGCACUGCGAGGAAUUUGCAGUUGGCUCUCACAGAGGAGCGGGAGAAGGUGGAGGCACCGAUGCUGAUGGAUGACGUGGAUGAUUUUGAUUCGGCGCUGGAUGGUGCUGGUGCUACUGGAUUCGUGGAAACGGAGCGGGAUAGGUUGAUUCGCCUGGGCCUGAUCACGCCUUUCGCUCAGCUCAAGGGCUUUGACAAGGCCGUCCAGUCUGGUGCCUCGCACAAGUCUCGGCUCCGGGAAGGAAGCAGCAGUGCCUCAGGGGUGCAGGGAGAGGGGAAGAAGGAGAGUGGGGAUGGUGAUGAUUGUGGUGAUGCUGCUGAUGAUUUGGGUGGUGGUGAUGGUGUGUUUCCGGGGAGAGGAGAGGCGGAAGGCAUAAUAGACAUAACUGGCGAUGACACUAAUGAAAGUGACAGUAUUGGAAGUGGUGAUCAUGGCGAUGUUGAUGGUGAUAUUGAUGAUGAUGAUGAUGAUAUUGAUGAUGUGAUACUAGAGGGGGGACUGCACAUACCGGGGUCGGUCUACGACAGGCUGUUUGAGUAUCAGAGGACGGGGGUCAAAUGGAUGUGGGAGCUGCACUGCCAGGAGGUAGGCGGCAUUCUAGGGGACGAAAUGGGUCUAGGUAAGACUGUGCAGGUGGCUGCGUUCCUAGCCUCGCUGCUACGCUCGGGGCUGUACCGCCCGAGCCUGCUGGUCUGCCCCGUGACGCUGCUUCGGCAGUGGCAGCGGGAGGUUCGGGUGUGGUGUCCGGGGCUUAAUCCGGGGAGUGGGGAGGAGGAGGAUGAGGAGGAGGAAGAAGAGGUGGAUGAAUUGCUUAAGAGAAUGAAGGCUGGGUCAAGAAUGAGGGCUGCGAGGGAGAGGAGGGGAGGAAGAGGAGGAAGAGGAGGAAGAGGAGGAAGAGGAGGAAGGGGAAGUGGAGGAGAAGACCUUUGGAGAGGAGUGGAGGACGAGGAGGAGGAAGGAGGCGGAAAGGGGCAGAAAAGUAGCAAGGGCAAAAGGCAGAGCAAAGGCAGUGGGAGCAAAGAGACUGGGAGCAACGGCAGUGGGAUGAAGGGCGGCGUUGGGAGCAAGAGCAUUAACACCACGCGCCAGCAUCUAGUCUUUGAGAAAUGGAGAAAGGCACUAGAAAGCGCCGUUGGAGUGAGCCUACCGAAAAAACCCUCGUUACAGUCACACCAUGACUCUCCCCUAACAUCCCUCGCUAUAGUCCCCAUUCCAGCAGCAUCCAGAUCAGCCAGUGGAAACGGGCUGGUGAUAACCACGUACGAGCAGAUCCGGAUGAGGAGAGAGCUGUUCCUGGCCGUUGAUUGGGGGUACGCGAUACUCGACGAGGGCCAUCGGAUCCGGAACCCCGAUGCUGACACCACGAUCGCAUGCAAGCAGCUGCGCACGCCGCACCGGCUGCUGCUGAGCGGAUCCCCGAUUCAGAACAGAUUGAACGAGCUUUGGUCGCUCAUGGACUUCGUUUACCCUGGCAGGCUAGGCACUCUCCCUGUGUUCUCCACAGAGUUCGCCCUCCCCAUAGCCAUUGGUGGAUACCUCAACGCCACUCCGCUGCAGGUCGCCACAGCAUACAAGUGUGCCGUAGUGCUGCGAGACGUGAUUCUACCCUACCUACUCCGAAGGAUCAAAGCUGACGUGGACAUCCAGCUGCCAGAGAAGACGGAACGCGUGCUGCUGGUGCCGCUCACUAGAUUCCAACGGACGCUGUACCGCGCGUUCCUGCAGAGCGAGGAGAUGCGGCAGAUCAUGGAGCAUUAUCGAAACAGCUUAUAUGGGAUCGAUGUGCUGAGGAAGAUUUGUAACCACCCGGAUCUGCUGGGGUUGGAUUUGGACGAAAGGGAUGGCAGGAGAGGUGGUGGCAGCACAAAGAAGGGCGACCCUGAUUUCGGGAACCCUGAAAGAAGCUCCAAGCUACAAGUGCUGGAUAAGGUCCUCCAAGUUUGGAAAGCUGAAGGUCACAGAGCCCUGGUAUUCUGCCAGACGCAGCAAAUGCUGGACAUAGUCGAAUCCCUCGUGCUCAACCGCGGCAUGCAGUAUAGACGAAUGGAUGGCAGCACGCCGCCCGGGCUGCGGGCGGCGCUGAUCGACGAGUUCAACAGUGGCGAGGGCGGCGUGUUUGUCUUCUUGCUGACCACGCGGGUUGGCGGACUGGGGACGAAUCUUACAGGAGCCAAUCGGGUCGUGAUAUUCGAUCCUGACUGGAACCCCUCAACGGACCUGCAGGCUCGGGAGAGGGCAUGGCGCAUAGGGCAGAAGAGAGAGGUGGUCAUCUACAGGCUUAUAACGAGGGGCACCAUAGAGGAGAAGGUUUUCCACCGCCAGCUGUCGAAGCAGCUGCUCUCCAACCGGGUUCUCAGAGACCCAAAGCAGCGGCGGUUGUUUAAAUCGAAAGAUUUAAGAGACUUGUUUAUGGUGGUGGGGGGUAGGGGAGGGGAGCAGGACAUAAGGAGAGGAGGAAGAGGGGGAAUGUGUGCGGAGCCAAGGAGUGUGAAAGAGGAAGAGGGGUUGGAGGAAGGAUGUGGGGCACUGGGAGCAGGCAGAGGACCAGGGGGUGGAGGCAGUAGAAGAGACCAAGGCACACAGGAGAGUAAGAACUUUAACAAUGGGGAACGGGAUGAGGCCAAGAUCCUGAGAUCUCUUUUCGAAUCCAACGGUGUGCAGGCCGCGUUAGACCAAGACACAAUCGAACGGCUGGCAUCGGUUGAUCGGAUACGGAUGGAUUCUGAAGCAGCAGCCGUGGCGGCACGGGCGGCAGCCGCCCUCCACCAAUCGCAGCGCGACCGAGCCUCCAGCGACGUUUCCGAGCCUACGUGGACUGGCAGGUCUGGCCAGGCCGGUGUGCCAGGCUUGGGAGGGCGGAGGAGGUUUGUUUCGGCGAGUGCCAAUGCUAGCAGCAGUGGGGUUGGGGGGGUAGUGAGUGCAGGAAUUACGGGCGGCGCUGCGUUGUCUUCUAGUGAGCUGGUGCUGAGGCUGCGGCAGAGGCAAGGCGUGGUUUCAUCUUUAGCAAGUGGAGGGGAGGAAGGAGGAGGAGGAAGAGGUGGAGGUGGCAGUGGUGGCGAGAAUAGUGGUGGUGGUGGCAGUAUUGGUGGUGGGAUGAUUGCAGGUGGGAGGAGUAUGGGCCUUGGUUUUGGAUCUGUAGGAUUAGGGACAGGUUUAGGUGUGGGUUCAGGCUCGGAAUCCGCUUUGGCAGCAGGAGCAGCUCAGGAUUCAGCUGCCCCGUCAAACCUGCAGCAGAAGUUGGUGCUGUUGUUCCAAGAGGCAGGUUCGGCACCAGGCCUGGCACCAGGUUCGGCAGCAUCCGGUGCUGUUCAUGGCUCGGGGGAAACGGGCUUGACAGCUUCGGAAAUCGUCCGGCAGUGUGCAGCAAGGUUCGGCGCAGGUUCGGUGUCGGACGUAGCAGCAUUGAGACGAGCUCUUGGGGCUGUAGCUGAGCUGAGGGCGGCUGGGGGGAGAGGGGAGACCCGAUGGUUCUUGAAGACAUGAUAAUGUAGUUCUGCUUUAAUGAGGGGCGGUUUAUAUUAUGAUGGGAGUUGAGCCUCGCAUGUACCGAAGUGGUGCGAAGGAGGGCGCUUGACGGUGUACCUGAGCUGAGGGCUGUGGGAGGGAGAGGGGAGACUUGAUGGUUCUGGACCGGCAGAUACUGACGGCGACAAGCAGUGUAAUGAAUUGAGAGUAGUAUAGGAUGGGAAUCUAGCCUCUGAUGUACUGUAGGUAGCAGUGUCAAGAAUGAUUGAGUUCAGAUAGAAUCGGGUGGUUGAUACUGUCGAGUGACCCGCUGGGGUUACUACCCUUGAGAAGAUCCUCGGGGAAGGGCCACAGCUGCAAAGCGUGGGGGGCUAUGGGCGCACUGACCCGCUAUUAACAAGCCCUUUUAACUCAGUGGUUAAUGGCUG